UUAGUUCAACCGGUCUUGGAGAUUGCGGCACUAGGCAACGAACAAGAAGUGGACGUGGCUAUCCCUGAUGACAACGAGAUAGAGGUGGAAAUUAUUGAAGUCCAAAUGGAUGAGGUAAUGAUGGACAUAAAUGAAGAAGACCCAUUGCAACCCGAGGAAGUGGUACAAGGUGACAUUGAGUUUGUGGAUUUACUGCCUGCUGACGCAGAGGCAGUAUUUGAAUUCAGGGAUAUAUUUGACGUUUUACUACCAGGCUUCGAUGAAGAGUUUGUGCCGAUUCCACCGGGUGUUCCCAGAACGCACGUGCCCAUGAGAGACCGUCUGGCUGGCAUUCAAUAUGAACUUCCAGAGCGCCAUGACAUUGGACCAUUGGAUGCCGUCUGCACGCAAUGUGGUGCCCGUCAUUUCUCUUGCGAACGUGUCAACAGAAAUCAUUUUACAACGUGUUGUAAUAACGGUCAAAUGGCCGUUACAGGAGAGCGUGUGUUGGGUCAACCACCAGAGUUAUUAAUUCGUUUGUUGAUAGAUGAUUCACAGGUAGCUAAACAUUUUCGCAAAGAAAUCCGUCGGUACAACAACACACUGGCAUUUGCUGCGUUCUCCACUGACCUCAACCCAAGACGUUUGCCAGGUCCGGGACUGAGAGUGUUCACUCUACACGGGCAGGUGUACCGCAGAAUUAGUAAUGACGUUGUCAGGAAUGAACUGAUGCAACCGAAAUACUGCGAGUUAUAUUUCAUUGAAUCCGAGUCAGCCAACCAGAUUCGUAUGGCACAACAACCACGCACAAGCCCAUUGUUGGAGAACUUGCUUACAGACUUGGACAGUCUAUUACGGCAAAUCAAUCCAUUCGCAGUGGCUUUUGAAAACAUGCGACAAGUAUGGCAGAGGGAACAAGAUGCUGCUGCUGCCAAUCCCAUGUUACAACCGAGAAGGGUGACCAUGCACAUAAUUUCCGACCCAAACAAUGAUCCACGGCGAUACAAUCAACCAGCUGCUCAUGUGAACGAGGUAGCUGUCGUCUUUGUUGGUGAAGAUGGUCAACCACCAGGGAACCUAGAUCUUUUUAUCUAUGACUCCAACCCGGUUAACCCAAAUCACCGGAUGCAAAGCAUAUCAGCAGGUUCGUCUCAUGCGGAUCCAAUGUUGUAUCCACUGUUCUUCCCGUACGGAUAA